UCACUCCUCAUCGCGCCCUCUUCAACCCGUCUUUUGUUCGCUCUUCUGUUCGUCCCAUUCCUCAUAUCUCGGUUGUGCUAGUCACCCGCUUCCAACUCUUGCCCCCCUCCCUCUCCUUCCAUCCGAACUAUCCCAUUCCGACAUACAUCACAUCAGCCUUUGCCCGAACGUCAAGAUGAAGUUCUCCGCCGUUUCCUUCAUGGCCGCCCUGGCUGCGGCGUCGCCCACCAACACCAUCAACGCCCGCAACGAGCUCGCCCUUCGCCAGGCUGCCGAGGCUUGCAACAUCGGUUACUGCACCCAGAACGGCGGCACCACCGGUGGUGCCGGCGGUACCAGCGUCACCGUAAAGACCGUCGAGGAGCUCGUCGCCGCUGCUAAGCAGGAGGGCCCCCUUACCAUUGUCAUCUCUGGUGCCAUCUCCGGCAGCGCCAAGGUCCGCGUCUCUUCCGACAAGACCAUCAUUGGAGAGAAGGGCAGCUCCCUGACUAACGUCGGUCUCUAUGUCCGCCGGGUCAAGAACGUCAUCAUCCGCAACCUCAAGAUUGGCGGUGUCAAGGCCUCCAACGGCGACGCCAUCGGCAUCGACGAGUCCACCAACGUCUGGGUUGACCACUGCGACCUGUCCGGUGACCUGAGCGGCGGCAAGGACGACCUUGAUGGUCUCCUUGACGUCUCCCACGGUGCUGACUGGAUCACCGUCUCCAACGUCUACUUCCACGACCACUGGAAGGGUUCUCUGGUUGGCCACUCCGACAGCAACGCCGGAGAGGACACGGGCAAGCUCCACGUCACCUACGCCAACAACCACUGGUUCAACAUCAACUCUCGCGCUCCCCUCGUCCGCUUCGGAACUGUUCAUGUCGUCAACUCCUACUACAACAAACUACUUCUGACUGGCGUGAAUACUCGAAUGGGCGCCCAGGUUCUGGUCCAGAGUUCCGCAUUUGCCAACAGCCCUGCUGAGGCCAUCUUCUUCGCCGACUCCAAGCAGACCGGAUACGCUGUUGCUGACGACGUCGACCUCGGCGGCUCCAAGAACCUUGCUCCUCAGGGAACUCUUACCGCGGACAAGCUCCCCUACAAGAUUGCUGCCAUCGGCUCCAGCAAGGUCGCCAGCACCAUCCCCGGCACCGCUGGCCAGAAGCUGUAAACGGCACGAACGAGGCUGAGAGAAAGAGGGAAAGGGUUGGUCUGAAAGUGAAGGAACGAAACUCGACAUUUCUUUGUACAUACUUGACUCAGUAUUUACGAGUGGCGGCGACGGGCUUGUUGAUAUACACCCCCUUAAUGUGUACAUAUUACGGGGGUCGAGUGUUUUGCCAGAGCUGGAAUCAUGGAAGCAUUGUAUAUAAAUCUGCCGUCUACCUCGUAGACUGAACAAGAUUUCUUCCUAUCUGAUUUUGUUUUCACU